UGUCUAAAACGGUGUAGUGCGUGUUUCGCGAGUCAUUUUUGCUCUAAAUACGCAAUUUAGAAUAAUCGUGUGUUGCAAAAAUGUCGCAAGCUGAAGCAAAGUUCGAUUCUGUGUUGUUCGCAAUGGCGGAACAGCAUCCCGGAGGUGUACCAGAGAUGCUGGCCACAUUCGCUGGUUUUCUCAACAGAAAGACUGAUUUCUUUGUUGGUGGCGAAGAAGGCGGAUGGGAAAAGCUAGUGUUGAAAAUUUUUCGUGAUGAAGCAAAUAAAGCUCAGGAAGUGGCCCGGAAGAAGCGCCAGGAGCGCGAGGCUGAAGAAAAACGACGACAGGAAGUGCUACGCAAAAAACGAGAAGAGGAGGAACAAAGUAAAUCCGCAUCAAUCACCGAGCUGACCGACGAAGAAGCGGAACAGCUACAGAAAGAGCUCGACGCGAAAAAACAACAGGAAAGUGAACCUCCAGCAAAAAAAGCUGCUUCGGAGGAAGUGAAUGAGGGUAAGGAAGGAAGUGAUACAGAAGAUGUGGAACCAGGCGAUGAAGGUAAGCUUAAGCCAAAUCAUGGCAAUGGGUGCGAUCUAGAAAGCUACAACUGGACACAAACGCUUCAGGAAAUUGAGUUACGCAUACCUUUUGAUGUAAAGUUUACCAUGAAAGCGAAAGACGUUGUCGUGAAUAUACAACGCAAAUCGCUCAAAGUGGGUCUUAAGGGUCACACUCCUGUCAUCGAUGGAGAGUUAUGUGGUGAAAUCAAAAUCGAAGAUUCUCUAUGGCAUCUGGAGAAGAACGUAGUCGUGGUAACGUUCGAAAAAAUUAAUCAAAUGAAUUGGUGGGAUCGGUUAGUCACGACUGACCAGCCCAUUAAUACUCGUAAAAUCAACCCCGAAUCGUCAAAGCUGUCCGAUCUGGAUGGGUCGACACGAAGCAUGGUAGAAAAGAUGAUGUAUGACCAGCGGCAAAAAGAAAUGGGACUGCCGACGAGCGAUGAGCAGAAAAAACAGGAUGUUCUAAAGAAGUUCAUGGAACAGCAUCCCGAAAUGGACUUUUCGAAAUGUAAAUUUACUUAGGCCAUUCAAAUGAUUAUCAGCAUUAGAAACAGUUGGAUGCGGGCGUCAUAAGUUUCCUUCAAUCGGACAUUUUCUUCAAUACCUGUACUUUUGAGCCACUCUCAUUCAACAGCUUUUUUCUUCUGACUUUGGAGUUGUGCACACACAGACGUAGGAAAUAGAUUGAUAUCGUAUAAGUAUGUCUCAAAGCUUUAGUUGACGUUCUGGAAAACGCUCCGAAAGAAAACUAGAAGUGCUGUAUUA